UCAUGCAAUGCCCCGUACCAUUCAAACAAAUAGUAAUUACAAUUGUAUGGACUCAUCGUCACGUCAACAAAUAUGGCUAUAAAAAUUGAAACGAUGGUAAAUUUCUUGUAGAAGGCGGGGCCAUCCUUCCUUGAGGUGGAUGGCAUUGGCAGUAUUCAUGGUUCUGGUUUUCAUUGAAUCCAAAGCGAGAAAAUUUACGAGCUUUGAAUCUUCCCCAAUGUCCACCUUGGCAGACGAAAAGUACUUCAUACGUGUCAGCUAAAUUUUAGGUAUAAAAAGAAAGGAGUAGACAAAGUACCGGGCAAGGUAAUGGAGGAGAUGCGUUAACCCUAGGCCGUGCCGAUUGACUGGUGAAAUGAUAAGCACAGCAGAGGAUCAACACAGGAGCGCAAAUUCCAUAUCAUGUAUGUAAAUUUGUUGCCUGAUAUUAUUGAAUUGAUUUUUUUGGUUUUUGGGUGGUGGUUUUGCUUUUCCCCAAUUUGGGAGGGGAAAUCCAUGUAUAAUAACUUUUAGGGUUUCUGAUGCAAAUGGGAAAGGAUUCGUUUUUAAAGAUGGUUGCUCGAGGAUUUUGAGAUCAGUUUUGUGUUUCGGUUGUGGGGGGAGGGCUUGGUGGGAAAAUGGGGGAUUUGAGAAAUUUAGGGCUGCAUGAGAGUGCUGGUUCGGAUACGGAAGAUUUGUUGGUGACGAGUAUGAAUGCUCGUCAGUUGGAGAAUUGUUUGGGUGCGGCUAUUGUUUGGAGAGAGGUGGACGUGAGGGGUCAAGAAGCCAGGCAGGCGACCAAUGUUGGGUUUCCUUAUCAAUGCUAUUCGUCUCCUGAUAAUGAUGAUGAGUAUCCCUUGCUAAUUCAUACAAGACACACUUUGGAUGGUUAUGGGAGCUAUCAGGAGCCCUUUGUGAACGGUUCUUCAUUCUACCACCAGCCGGCUGUUGAGGUCAGUGGUGGAGAGGUUUUGAAAUUUCAACCGGGUGUUAAAGAGUUUGGUCUGAAUGUGGAUUCUGAUAUUUUUGAGUCGUCCCUGAGCAAUGAUGGUAGAGAGGAUGAAGUUUGUGAUGGAAGAAGUCCAGAAAAGAAUGGGAUUCCUGUAGAAUGCCCGGGUGAGGAAAUUAGUGAGGACAGCAAAUGUGGGAAGAUAAGUGGCGAGAAAUAUGGGAGUCUUAAAGAAUGCCCAAAUGAUCAGAUGGCAAAUGCAGCAAGUUUAGAAGAUAUUGAAAUUCGGGGUGAAUGCAAAAAUGAUAUUGCUAGUGAAAUUCACAAGGACUACCUAAAUGAGAAAGCUGUUGAGGAUAAUGUAUGUUUUGAGACAAGUUCCGGGAAAUAUGACAGUCCCAAAGAAUGCCCAAAUUAUCUGGUAGUUAAUGCAGGGACUGUAGAAGUUAAAUUUACAGAGGAAUGUGCUAAAAAAACUGAUAGAGAAUGUGUUCCAUGCAAUGGAGAAAUCUUUUUGCCUGCUCAAACAGAAGUUGGACAGGAUUCUGAUAUGAUCUGUACCGAUACAGGAGAAAUGGAUGCCAUUGCUUUGGAAACAAACGUUUACAAUUCAGAGCAACAGGUUCCAUUGGAAAUAUAUGUUAAACCAAAGGGCCGAAAAUCAUCAAGGCGGAAGAAAGCUACUGGCUCUAGAAAACGUAUAUCCAGGAAAAUUUCUUCUCAGAAGGUAGAAAGUAUUGAUCCCUCUGCGGAUGGAACAGUUGAUCUUUUAGAUUCGAACAAUUCAGAAGGGCAAGAUGCAUUAACAACUCCACAAAUCGCCGCCAUUGAUACACCAUUACAAUCCAGCAGUGUAGUGUCUUCUACGGAAGAAACAUAUGAUGGGACAAAUGAAGUAGCUAAGAAUCUUUUAGCAAAUUCAAAAAAUAUUGACAGAGAUACUGGACUUUAUGCAAAUAACAACUUUGCAGAUGGAAUCAUUGGUAGAAUCACUAGAAGCAGAGCUCAUGGGAAGGUUUGCACGAGAACACUUAUUCAUGAUUCUUUGUUAGACAAACGCAAUCCGAUAUUUGCUAGUAAAAUGACAGGCAAGCGUAGCGUGUUAGGUAAGACUAUAAGAUCCACUGCAUGGGGGGGACUUGAAAACUUAAGGGAAGGAGUAGGACUAAAGAAAACAGAAAUAGCAUCGAAAUCUGAACUAUCAUGUUUAGAUACUGAAUUUGGUGUAAGAAAAAUUAUUGGCGAUGUAAUCCACAUUCAACAGGUGACAAAAAGAGGGUGUGGUGUAAGAUGGCAAGGACCUGAGACAAAUCUGGAACAUCACCAAUCAGACCAUGUGAAAUCUCCUACAGUUGGUAGGUGCAGAAAUUUUACAAAAGAGAAGAAUGAUGAGCCAGAAAGAGAAGGUCUGCAGGGUUCGGGUUUUGUACUAGAAUUCAGAGGAUCAGAUGAGGACAUAUUAAAUGCUCGGCGAGGUGAAUUGUCAAACUUCAACGAAGACAUUCAUUCUGGAGGAGAAACUUCGACAGAGAAGGACAUAGGAGAGGAGCAAAAAUGUUCAGGAAUAGAGAUAGAUAGAUGUUCUACUGAUCAACCAAAAUGCUAUUUGCGACGUGAAGUUCCAAGGUCACUUGGAUAUGUGGAAAAAAAAAGUACAUGUCAUGGAGAUUUGAGUGAGUUAGGUAGAACGAAUAUUGAGGUUGAUGCUCCCCAUGGAGAUGGAUGGCCUGCUGAUGUUAUUGACAGAGAUCGAAGUUCUACUGAUCAAUUAAAAUGUUAUUUGCCACAUGAAGCUACAGAAUCUCUGAGAAAGGUAGAAGAGCACAAUGCAUCUCACGAACAUUUGAAUGAGUCAUUUGAAACAAAUAUUGAGGCUGUUGUUCAUCAGAAUUAUAGAGGGAAACCAAGAGGGGGUGGUGUAAAAAGACAGAAACCAAGAAGGAUUAUUGGUAGUGGGCAAUCGCGGCAGACUAAAUGUCUUGUAGAUGAUGGCAGUAAAAAUUGUCAAAAAAAGAGUAAUGAGAAGCAGCAAAAAGGUUUUCUUCAGGAUCAGUGUUUUGUGAUAGAAUCCAGUGCAUCAGAAGAUCACAUAUUAAAUGUUCAGGAAGGUGAUUUUUUAUGUUCUAGUAGAGAUCUUCCUUAUGGUGCAGGAAUUGGAAGAGAAGAAAACACCAAACAGGAGCAAGAGUCUGUAGCAUUUGAGAAAGAUCGACUGUCUGAUGUUUUAAAACCAUCAGGGAGAGUUGAAGAAAAAAACAAAGGUGAUGGACAUUCGAAUGAGUUAUGUAUAACAAACAUUGAAGAUGAGAAAGCCCAAAAUAAACAAUGGGGAAAGAGAGGGAUUGGCAUAGAAAGGCAUCAACCUGGGAAAGUUUGGGACAACACGCAAUUAGAGCAUGUAAAAUAUCCUGUAUUUGGUAGCGGUCGGCAUGGCUCAAAAAGAAGGAAUAAUAGAGAGGGGAAAGUUGUCAUUUACAAUAGUGACUCUAUAGUAGAGAACAGAGGAUCAGAUGAGAAUGGAUCAAGUGUGCAGGAAAGUGACUUUUUAUGUUUUAAUGGAGAUCUUCAUUCUGGAGGAGGAAUUGGGGGUCAGAAGAUUAUUGAUGAGGAACAUGACUGUCUGAAAUCUGAAAGAGAUCAAUGUCCAAUAGAUAAGUCAAAAUGGCAUUUGCCUUGUGAUUCUCCAAAAUCAUCAAUAAAAGUAGAAGAAAAAAAUUUGACCCAAAGACAUUCUAGUGAAGAGACAAUCUGCACAUUUAUAAAUGAAGCUAAAUCCCAUGAUAGCAGCUCAAUUAAAAUGGAUGCAUCUCAGGAAGUUUGCGAAGAGAGUACCCAUCAUAUUUGUGAUGUGCGCCAAAAAAAAAAAAUUGUUAGUUGUGAACAACUAGCUGCGAUCUCUGUGCAGGUUGGCAGUAGUUUAAAACAACCCGAAGAGUGUAGAACAAAUACACAGGCCAUUGUUGGAACUGUUCUCGAGAUGGAGAAGAGUGAUGCUAAUAUGGGAUUGGAACCUGCAUUUGCUCAGGGUGUUCCUGUUUCUUUGCGGAAUUUACAGUACCGCAAAUAUAUUGAGCAAGAAAAUGCGUUACUUGAUAUUAAAGAAGGGUCACUUGAGCCAAGCACUGUGAUGUUGCAGGAUGAAACAAGAAGCUAUCAUAAUGAAAUAGUGACAACAAAUAUAGAUUUGAAGGGGUGUGGAUUAUCAGGGAUGAGAAUGGAAGUUGCAGAUCCUCUUACAACAGAACACAGGGAUAAUGAUUUGCAUGAUACAGUUUCAGCAACAUCACAUGGCAACAUAACAAAAACAUUUGCAAAGCAGGAACCAGGUAAAAGGAAAGGAAAUGUAAAAGAGAAAUUUAAAAGUAAGCCAAGAUUGUCCACAACAGGUUUGGGAGUUGCAGAAGUAACGCUUGGAGGUUUAAAUCUAAGUCAGGAUGAACAAACUGUGAGGAAAGUGACAAAAAGCAGAUGUAAGAAGACAGUGAUAAGGGCUAGGACCCAAGGCAGGAAAUCCAAUUUGAAAAAUCGAAGGAGUCUUUUGUAUCGUGAUGGUAAUGAUCAGGUGGUAGUUGAUGAGGGUGUGCUCCCCAGAGAAGCAGAGAGAAAUUCUAAUUGUGAGAUACAGGAAACUUUCAACGGUGAGGGGAUGCAAACAUGCGUUAGAGAAGAGUCCAUUGUGAGUGCAAAAAUAGAAACAUUAGCACCUCGUGGUAAAGGCCAAGAGAGGAAAAAUCUAAAAAAUUGCAGAAGAGGCAACAUAAAAACAGAAUCCAUGUGUAGUAGUGUAAUGUGUGAGAGCAAGAGAAAAGCUACCAGACAAACAAAUAACAAUAGUGAGAAAAAACUGUUACGUGGUAAGAGCAGACAAGUUUGUAAUGGAUUGCAGAGUUCGACAAAAAGUAAUGGUAAACCUGGUAAAGGUUUGGAUAGCUUGUUGAGUAAGAAUGGUUUCAGCAAUCAGGAAACAUCACAGGGCAAGGCAGUCAGUGCGGACUUAAGUGGAAUGAAGGGUCAAUCAGAUUCUUGCACUGAUGCUGCCUCAUCUCUGAAGCUAGCAGACACCUCAACAAAUGAAGAAGACAAACAUGGAUUUUCAAGUUGCAAUCAUGAUUCUGAAGAUAAAAAUGCCAUAGAAACUUAUUUCCCUGAGAGACAAGGGAUAGCAGGAUGCAACAAUGAAGCAGCUGGAGAGGAUGUUUCGAGUAAUGUUAAUAAGGGAGAAGCAAACAGAACUUUAAAUAUGAUAAAAUAUGAUGGGAGUGUAGAGAGAGGCUGUGGAUCACCAAGAGUGGGAUGGGUGGCAUGUGAUGAUUGUCAGAAGUGGCGCUGCAUAGCUGUGGAGCUUAUUGAUGCUAUUCGCGAAACCAAUUGUAAAUGGACUUGUCAGGAUAAUCCAAAUAAAGAAUUUGCUGAUUGUUCUAUACCUCAAGAAAAGUCAAAUGCGGAAAUCAAUGCAGAUUUGAAUAUAUCAGAUGUCUCUUGUGAAGAGGGAGAUUGCACUGGAGCACCAGGGAUAUCAAAGUAUUCGGCAUCCAUGCAAGCCCGAGAUCCUCAUCAAGCGUUUUGGACGCUUAUCAAGCACAAUAGGAUUUUACAUCGUAGCCGUAAAACUCAGGCAAUUGAUGAGAUUAUGGUUUGCCAUUGCAAACCUCCUGAAGAUGGGAGCUAUGGUUGUGGAGAUGAAUGCCUGAAUCGAAUGCUUAAUAUUGAAUGUGUCAAAGAGGCAUGCCCAUGUGGGGAUCUGUGUUCAAAUCAGCAGUUCCAGAAAAGACUAUAUGCUGAAGUUAAGUUGUUGCGCUGUGGGAGGAAAGGUUUUGGGUUACAAGUACUUCAAGAAGUAACAAAGGGAUUAUUUAUCAUUGAAUAUGUUGGAGAGGUGCUAGACAUGCAGGCAUAUAAUGCUCGCCAAAAGGAAUAUGCUUUGAGAGGUCAAAGGCAUUUCUAUUUCAUGACAUUAGAUAGCAACGAGGUAAUUGAUGCUUGUGUGAAAGGAAACUUGGGGCGAUUUAUUAAUCAUAGUUGUGAUCCUAACUGUCGGACGGAAAAGUGGAUGGUGAAUGGAGAAGUUUGUAUUGGGCUUUUUGCAAUACGGGACAUUAAGAAGGGAGAGGAGCUCACAUUUGAUUACAACUAUGUCCGAGUCUUUGGUGCUGCAGCAAAGAAGUGCGAGUGCAGUUCAUCUGAGUGUAAAGGUUUUAUUGGUGGUGACCAAUCUACCCCAGCAAUUGUUGUACCAAGUGAACCAGAUGAUGACUACCCAGUACCAGUGAUGCUUAAUGAGGAAAGUGAAAAUGACAAUGCUCAAAAGAAUCUUGUGCGAUCUCCUAAAGUACACAGUCUAUCUGAUAGUUUUGUACCAGAAGGACGCUCAUUACAGCGUACUGAAAGAAAGGGCCAAUGGACAUCGGAUCAACAUGAAAAGCAGGUUGAAGUCUCUAGUAAUCGUGAUAUGGAUCGUUUGGUUGGUGUAACUGCUAUAGGAAACAUUACCAAUAUGAAGAAGUCUAUGACUCAAACAAAUUUAGGACGUUUUGAAGGAGUGGAAGAAAAGCUCAAUGAAAUGCUGGAUAGUGAGGGUGGAAUUUCUAAACGCAAGGAUGCUGCAAAACAUUAUUUGAAGCUUUUGCUUGUGACAGCAGCAUCAGGAAAUACUUCAAAUGGAGAGGCUUGUCACAGCACAAGAGAUCUUUCUAUGGUUCUGGAUGCUCUUCUCAAAACAAGGUCACGUAGUGUUUUAAUUGACAUAAUGAAUAAAAAUGGUUUGCAAAUGCUACAUAACAUGCUUAAGCAAAAUCGUAAUGACUUUAGCAAGACUCCAAUAAUCCGGAAGCUGCUUAAGGUCUUAGAAUUUCUUGGGACAAAAGAUGUUCUCACUAUAGAAAACAUCAACUCCGAUCCUCUUUGUAGAGGCAGGGAAAGUUUAAGAGCAUCCAUAUGUGCUUUGACAGGCCACUCUGAUUGGCAGGUUCAACAAAUUGCUCGGUCUUUUCGAGAUAAUUGGAUGCCUCAUCCCAUAAAGAUCUUAAGAAGCAAUGAGAGAUCGAUACCUAGUGAAUCUGGGAUAACAGUCAGUGAUCACCCCAACAACAGGAGUAAGUUCACUGCCAAGCGUCAAAAAAAUUUCUUUCCAAGAGACACAGAUGCAAUAGAUUGUACCAGUCAAAUAUCCCCAGAGCCAGAAAAUUCUGCAUGGCGUCCUGUUACUCGGUCAGACGAACAUGAGGUCAGCCAUGAUAGUCAUGACAAUUUUCCAGUACAAGAUAGCACCAAGAAACUGAGUGAAGAGCAUAUUUCGGGCCAGAUGAAAGGGAUGAGGCCUAGAAAGAGAAAAAGCCGUUGGGAUCAACCAGUAGAGUCAAACGUACACCAAGUUUUCUCGCAAACGACCUUGGCGAGUGAGGAAGGAAAAGUAAAGCAGGGGAAGGAAUCUGACUCUCUCAUCUCUCCCUCUGAGAGAGCGAAUACUCCUGGAGCAAGGCAGGAUGCUUUGACAAAAGGAUUCAGAUUACCUUCUGAGGAAAAGUCUGUGACCAUAGCUGAUAAAAAUGUUCCUUUUACAGACCCUAUGUGUCAGUCUGCCCCACCUUCUCAUCAAGACAUGCCUAUGUUAAAUGGGUCUAACACACUUGUAAAAGAACAAUCUUCUUUUCAAUCUGCCAUGCAACAAGCCACACAGUUGCCUGGACAUUCACAUUUUUGCUUGGGCUCCAAAUCCACACCCUUGUGCCCGACAGUUAUGCCUUCUGCACAACCUUUCACGAUGGGUCAUCCCCAAGGAAAAGUUGUGCUAGGAUUUGCAGUAGGGAAGUCCCAUGGGUGUAUCCUGCCACAUAUGCCACUUUCAUAUGGUAUACCUUUAUCACUUCUGGAGCAACUGGGAAGAACACCUAAUGCAAAAGUUGGUAGUGUGGUCCAGCCAUUGUCACCUCCUACGUUACAUUGUGAAUGGAAUAGCAACUCAGUAGCAGCACCUAUGCUGCCAAAUAUUUCUUAUCGACCCUUUAUAGGGCAGUCUGUAGUUGGAGGGUUCCCUCAUACUCUGCAUCAUCAAAUGCGGCCAUCUAACAUGCCAUUAGCAAUGCAAGCGGCUCAUUUAUUACAAAGUGGGAGACGGCAACCUUUGGAAAUGCAUCCAAGAGAGCUUUUGGGGCAGCAUAUAUCUGUUAAUCCAGGCUAUGUGCAGUCAGAGCCACCUGUACCAGGAUUGUCACCAAGAGUGUCUUCCGUGAAUCCUCAAAACAACAAUCGGCCAGGAAGAGGAAGAAACAAGACAACACAUGGCCAAAUGUUGAAGCCAUUAAAGAGGCAAUGGAAAAAUCCAAAGUCUAAUUUUCGGACAUUCUCAAAAUUCAAUGGGAACUCUGAUAGAAAAUAUAAGGAUUGUUUUCAUCCAAGAAAACCAUUAUCAUUCAAGUCUACGUGGAAAGGUAGAUUUUCUUCUCAUCUUCAUGCCGAUCAGAACCUACAACAUUUGCCAAAUGGAAACAUUCUUGAUUUAAAAAACGAGCAGCAAAAGUUAGAGAAUAUGAACAGUGCAAAUUUCUCGAAGGGUGUAAGCAAUAAUUUUCCUACAUUUAAUUGAAACAAAUACUUUUCCAUUUGUUACCCGAGCAACUUGAUGUUGCUAUAUAUCUUAUUCUCAUUUUUAUAAACAUGACAGCCUUUGAAUUCAAAGCUGUUUAAAUGACAACCAAUAUUAUUGGGUCUGUAUAGCAUCAUUUGGAAAGUAGUCAUUUAAAGAAUGUUUGUGAAUUUUCUGAGUUUGGAGUCAAAUCAAAAGCUGGCGUUAGCAUGAUUGCUACUGCAGUAUAUUUCUCAA